UGCGGCGGCGAGAAACGUCAAACUUUCGGGACGGGAGCCUGCGCGUGGAAGCGGUGACGGCUCAUGUUUUUGUGUCAGGACCCGGAAGCCGACUUUCUCCGCCGGCUGCCUGGAGCUGCUUGACCCGCUUCUCACCUGCUAAGGCUCGCGCACCAAGCUGAGCAGGACUCGUCGCGGCGGCGGUUGGGACCUCAGCUCGCGCAGGUGUACCUAUAUUGUAAACUAGAAGGGAUCUUCAGGUUGGAAUUUGGGGACUGAAGGCCUGCUCUUCAAAUAGAUUGUGUCUACGAGCCUCACUGAAAUGAGCUUGCAGAUGGGUCAGGGGCUGUGGAGAGUGGCCAGGAACCAGCAACUGCAACAGCAGGGGUAUACAGGGCAAGGCUAUCUUUCAAGAGAACAUAGUAGAAGGAUAGCUGCUAACAAUGUUUCAAAUGCAAACCAUCGGAAACAUGCCCAAGGAGGCAUUGACAUUUACCAUCUGCUGAAAACUCGGAAAUCGAAAGAACAAGAAGGGUUCAUCAACCUGGAAAUGCUGCCUCCUGAGCUUAGCUUUACCAUUUUGUCAUACCUGAAUGCAACAGACCUCUGCCUGGCUUCAUGUGUGUGGCAAGAUCUUGCUAAUGAUGAGCUUCUAUGGCAAGGAUUGUGCAAAUCCACUUGGGGUCACUGUUCCAUAUACAAUAAGAAUCCAUCUCUAGGAUUUUCUUUCAGAAAACUGUAUAUGCAGCUGGAUGAGGGCAGCCUCACCUUUAAUGCCAAUCCUGAAGAGGGAGUCAACUACUUCAUGUCCAAGGGGAUACUGGAUGAUUCACCAAAGGAAAUAGCUAAGUUUAUCUUCUGUACAAGAACCUUAAAUUGGAAGAAACUGAGAAUCUAUCUUGAUGAAAGGCGAGAUGUUCUCGAUGACCUUGUGACACUACACAACUUCAGAAACCAGUUCCUGCCAAAUGCACUAAGAGAAUUUUUCAAACACAUUCAUGCCCCUGAAGAGCGUGGAGAAUAUCUCGAGACUCUUAUUACAAAGUUUUCCCACAGGUUCUGUGCUUGCAACCCUGAUUUGAUGAGAGAACUUGGCCUUAGUCCAGAUGCUGUAUAUGUACUAUGCUACUCUUUGAUCCUGCUUUCCAUUGAUCUUACUAGCCCUCAUGUGAAGAAUAAAAUGUCAAAGAGAGAAUUUAUCCGAAACACACGCCGUGCAGCUCAGAACAUCAGUGAAGAUUUUGUUGGGCACCUUUAUGACAAUAUCUACCUUAUAGGCCAUGUGGCUGCCUAAAAAGCACAAUUUGCUAGGACUUGGAAUUUGUAGUUUUGAAAGAAAUUAAAGCUACCCAAGAAGUUAAUUUUGGUAGAUAUGGGGGUUAUAUUAGUGCUGGUCAUUCUAACCUCUGUCUCCAGUCCAAGUGUACAUGAGCAACUUUUUAUUAGCAAUUUACCAUGGGAACCCCCACCACCACUUUUUGCAGGUUUUUUCUUAAUUUUGCUUACAAUUUGCACAGACGUUGCCAUUAGUCUGACAUACUACUACUUCUGAAUGUUAAGCUGACAGAUAUGAUUUAAACUGACAAGAUGGUGGACACGUGCAGUAGACUUGCUUAAAAACUUUAACCAGUUCUUUCUUUUUUUUAAAAAAAAUACCAUGUAAUAUGUACAUAUUUAUCUAAAGAGAUUUAUAAUCAUAUUUUAUUGUAAAAUAUUUUAACUAAAGUUUUUUCCUGUUUCUCUCUA